ACGCGGACGCGGACCAUGGCCGGCGCCCGGCCCGCCCGGCUCGGCGCCUCGACGGCCGCCGUGUGGUGGCUGCUGUGCGCGCUGGGGCUCCGGGGCGCCGAGCUCCCGGACGGAGCCGCCUGCCUGGGCCGCUUCACCCCCGGGGUGCCCGCCUUCGUGCUGGACACCGAGGCCUCGGUGGGCCACGGCGCCACCUUCCUGGGGUCCCCGACGGUGCGGCGGGGCCGGGACUGCGUGCGCGCCUGCUGCGCCGCCCCGCGCUGCAACCUGGCGCUGGUGGAGCUGCGCGCGCGCCCGGGCGAGGGCGGCGCGGACCCCGGCGCGGACCCCGGCGCGGACCCGGACCCCGACGCCGCCGCCGCCUGCUUCCUCGUCGACUGCCUCCACGAGCACGACUUCGUCUGCAAGUUCGCGCCCCGGGAGGGCUUCGUCAACUACCUCACGCGGGACGUGUACCGCGCCUACCACGACCUGCAGACGCAGGGCUUCGGCGGGUCCCGCAUCCCCAGGUUCUGGACGGGCAUCGACUUGAAGGUCCAGCCCCAGGAGCCUCUGGUGCUGAAGGAUGUGGGCAACACCAGCUGGCGCCUCCUGGAGGGGGACCCGGACAUCAGGAUCGAGAGGAAGAGCGGGGAGCAGGUGGAGCUGUGGGGGCUGAAGGAAGGCAGCUACCUGUUCCAGCUGAGCGCGGCCGACUCCCAGCAGCCCGAGAGCCGGGCCAACGUCACCAUCACCGUGCUCUCCCCCAAGCAGACGGAAGACUACUGCCUGGCCUCCAGCAAGGUGGGGCGGUGCCGGGGCUCCUUCCCCCGCUGGUACUACGACCCCAAGGAGCAGGUCUGCAAGAGGUUCACCUACGGGGGCUGCUUGGGCAACAAGAACAACUACCUGCGGGAGGAGGACUGCAUGCUGGCCUGCCGGGAUGUGCAAGGCCUCUCGCUACAAAGGCACCAUCCAGUGUGCUCGGGCAGCUGCCAGCCCACCCAGUUCCGCUGCCGGGACGGCUGCUGCAUCGACGGCUUCCUGGAGUGUGACGACACCAGAGACUGCCCCGACGGCUCGGACGAGACCACCUGUGAAAAAUACACCACGGGCUUUGACGAGCUCCAGAGCAUCCACUUCCUCCGUGACAAAGGGCACUGUGUGGACCUGCCGUACACGGGCCUCUGCCAGGAGAGUAUCCCACGCUGGUACUACAACCCCUUCACCGAGCGCUGCGCCCGCUUCACCUACGGCGGCUGUCACGGCAACAAGAACAACUUCGAGGAGGAGCAGCAGUGUCUGGAGUCCUGCAGCGGCAUCUCCAAGAAGGAUGUGUUCGGUGUGCGGCGGGAAAGCGCCGUUCCCAACGUAGGGUCCGUGGAAGUGGCCGUGGCCGCGCUGCUGGUCGCCGGCAUCGUGGUGGUGCUCGCCAUCCUGGGUUACUGCUGCUUCAGGAACCGGAGGAAAAGCUUCCGCCGACCCCGCCGCCACCCUCCCCCCACCCCCGCCAGCUCCACCGUCUCCACCGCCGAGGACACGGAGCACCUGGUCUAUAACCGCACCACCAGGCCCCUCUGAGCCCGGGGCUCUGUCCGAGACUCCUGCCUGCGUGUCAGGCCCGCCCCACUCCGCUCCCCGGGGGAGCCAGGGCCCCGGCCCUCGGAGGCUCAGCCGCGGACCCGAAGGACGCUCGGGGCGGGAGGAGCGGGAAGCCUCCCCGCCUGAAGGACUGCACAUAGUGGGACCUGCCGCCGGGAGUGCAGAAGAAGCUGGGGUUCCGGGUCUUGCUCAAAGCGACCUGCCCCACCCAGGGUCACCGGAAAGGGACCACCCCCCCCGGGGCGGGGGCGUCCAAAGCUGGAGGCCCUCCGCAGCUGCCCUUCCAUUCUGCACAGCCCAGUGCUAAAAAAGGAAGACUUCCUGGCGUAGUUUGUGCUGUAAAAAAAUAAUAAUAAAAAUGGCGUCAGGGCUGGGAUCCUAGCUCAAGAGGCCCUGGA